GCUUGAUGUGUAGUCACUGUUCUAUAUACAUGUUACCUCAGUAAUUUGAAAUCACAUAUGCGGUUGAAUAUUAAUAAAAACUUUGUUAUAAUUUCAUUUUAGGUUAUUGCUUUUCUGUAAAUACAAUAUGAAUAUCAUUUGCGCUAUAUGUAGUGAAUCAUUAAUGCCUUCUGAUGAUGUGUUCCAUACACCUUGUAGACAUAUUUUUCAUUUUGUUUGUUUAACUCAGUGGUUAGAAAGAUCCAGAUCCUGUCCACAAUGUAGAGAAAAGACAACAUCGCAUACGAUUCACAGGCUAUAUUUCAAUUUUUCUAAUAUUGAUACGACCAGUGCAGAUAUAGGCACUUUACAGGAUAAAACUGACAAAUUAAAUUUCCAGCUUCUAUUGAAAGAGCAGGAUGUUAAACAUUAUACAGAGAAAAGUGAAAAAUUAGGGAAACAAAAUGUAGAGUUGAAAAAAGAAGUACACAAAUUGGAGGCUGAAUUAAAAACAAUAAAAAGUGUAAUUGAUGCUUUGAAAGAUCAGAUAAAAUAUUUCAAACAACAAAAUUCAGAAAUGGAAAGCAAAAGGCAGGAAAUUGAACAGCUACGAAAAGAAAUUGAAACUUACAAAAACAUACAAAUCUUAAUGGAAGCCUCCACGGAACAUGUAGAUGAGGUAAUCUCAAAAACAUGUGAGCCUGCUGCUCUUGUUACAUAUAUUUGUGUCAUGAAAAGGGAAAUGACAGUGAGCUUAAACAAACGAAAGGAGUUAAGAAAUAAAUUAAGAAGCCUUCAACAAGAACUUGCUAGAGUAAUAACCGAACGGAAUUUGUUAUCUGAAGAACGCGUUAAAAGAAAAAAAUUAGAAGAGGAUUUAAUGCUUUGCGAAAACGAAAAAAUGUACUUACAAAAUAAAGUGAAACAGCUGGAAAGAAAACGGACAAAUAAGUUUGAUGGUGAUGGAGAUGCAUUAAGUAGUGAUUUAAAAUCAUCUGAUGGUUGUGAACAGAAUAAAAUGAAAACUGUGAUAAAGAAUGCAGCGAAUGAAAGAGCAGAGGACACUGAUACAAAAGAUAGACACCAAUAUACUAAAAGUGAGACAAAUUCGCCGUAUCUUCCGCUCAAAUCAGGAGGGGUAUUUGUUUUAAAACAUUCGGUUCAAAAACGUAGCACAACUAGUUUACAUCCAUCGAUUCUUACAAAGAAAGCGAGAAUUGAACCUACAAGUGAGCAAGUAAGAGCUAAUGCCAUUACGUAUGAUGGUUUUGGAGGCCAUUCAAAGCAUGAACGAUUUCCUAGUAUAAAAAAGAAAAUUAAACUAGAUCCAAAACAAAAAAGUUUAAUAUAGAUUAAUUAUAAGAGCGACUAAAAUGUAUUAGAUAGGAUAUUCCAUAACUCUUGUAACAACCGGAAACGGGGGGUGAUUCGAAACAACCUUUUCCUUUACCAAAAUAUUGGUUGAAGCUUCCUUUUUGAAUUAUUAACAAAAAACUUGAAUUAUUCAAAACAAAAAGAGCGUUGGCUUUCAACCGCGCUCGGUCGUGGUCGUGAACAAAUCUUAAAUAAAUAAUUUAUUUACAUUUUAAAAUCAAUUUAUUAAUAAAACUUCCAAAAAUCAAAUUCUUGGGAGAAAUUAAUUUUAUGUCGAUCGUGAAAAAAAUGUUACAGUAUUUGAAUAAUUGGCACAGCGUGGGUAUCGAAGGAAGAAGCGUGUGAUAAAUAUUACAUCGUCUUAAAUUAAGAACAAUGUGGAAUUAGUCGCACGUUUCCCUUGAUACCCACGCUGUGCCAAUGCGUUUGUUCACGACCGAGCGCGGUUCAGAGCCAUCGCUCUCAUUGGCCAGUGUUUUUCGGUAAUAAUUCAAAAACGAAGCUUCAACAAACAUUUUGGUAAAGGGAAGAGUUGUUCAGAAUCAUCCCAACAACCCCCCAUUUCUGGUGUUACAGGAGAUAUGAGACAAUUUGUAUAAGUACGGAAAUACGGAAGUAAUGAAAUGUUGUUUAUUAUACAUAUAAUUUUUAUUCAGAAUUGAGUGCUAUUUUAUAUAUUUAUAUACAAUCUAAAUAAACAUGUAACAUAUUGA